AUGGUUUCGGGAACCAUGGCGCCACUUCCUGUGCUGCUUCUGCUUCUUCUGGGAUCAUGUCUCAGGCCAGGUUCUGCGGUGGACAGCGACUCCAGUGAGCGUGAGGGGCGCCCCUACACAGCUGUUAUCGAGGUGCCCAACGGAGGACCCUGGGGAGAUUGGGCGUGGCCCGAGAUGUGUCCGGAUGGAUUCUUCGCCAGUGGCUUUUCCCUCAAGGUCGAACGCCCCCAAGGCAUCCCUGGAGAUGACACGGCCCUGAAUGGGGUCCGGCUUCACUGCGCCCGAGGCAACGCUGAGCGCAACACUCACGUGGUGGAGUCUCAGUCGGGAAGGUGGGGAGCAUGGUCUGAGCCACUGUGGUGUCCAGAUGGCGGCUUCCUCACCUCCUUCUCACUACGUGUGGAAGAUUCCAGGACACCAGGAGACAACACUGCAGCUAACAACGUGCGCUUCCGCUGCUCGGGGGCCGAAGAGCUAGAAGGGCCCGGUCUGGAGUGGGGCGAGUUUGGAUCCUGGAGUGACAGUUGCCCCAAGGGUGUUUGUGGCCUCCAAACCAAGCUGGAGCCUCCCCGUGGGCUCAGGGAUGAUACAGCAGUCAACGACCUUCGUCUUUUCUGUUGCACCAGCUGA